AUGGCAUUCAACAGAUUUUUCAUUCUUCAUCUCCUUUCUCUAGUUAUUUCACUGAUUACUUUCACAGAAUGUGUUGUACCUACUCCUGAAGUACCUCUACUGAAUCGGAACACUUUCCCAACUGGCUUCAUCUUUGGUACAGCAUCCUCGGCCUACCAGUACGAAGGUGCAGCAAACGAAGGUGGUAGAGGACCAAGUAUAUGGGAUACCUUCACUCAUAAAUAUCCAGAUAAGAUAAAGGAUAGAAAAAGUGGAGACGUAGCCAUUGACUCAUAUCACCGCUACAAGGAAGACGUAAAGAUCAUGAAGGAUAUGAAUUUGGAUGCUUACAGAUUCUCUAUAUCUUGGUCUAGAAUACUCCCGAAAGGAAAGAUAAGCGGAGGUAUAAAUCAAGAAGGAAUCGACUACUACAACAACCUCAUCGAUGAGCUACUAGCAAAUGGUCUACAACCAUUUGUGACUCUUUUCCAUUGGGAUCUUCCUCAAUCCUUAGAAGAUGAGUACGGUGGCUUCUUAGACCCUCGCAUUGUAAAAGAUUUUCGUGACUAUGCAGAACUUUGUUUCAAGGAAUUCGGAGAUAGGGUAAAACAUUGGAUAACUUUGAACGAGCCAUGGAGUUAUAGCCGAAGUGGCUAUGCAACUGGGGACAUGGCACCAGGUCGAUGUUCUGCUUGGUUGAAUCCAAAUUGCACUGGUGGUGAUUCUGGAAUAGAACCCUAUAUAGUUACACACCACCAACUUCUUGCUCAUGCAGCAGCUGUUAACGUGUAUAAAACCAAAUAUCAGGCAUCACAAAAUGGUUUGAUAGGCAUAACCUUGUUAGUUACCUGGUUUGUGCCACUCUCUGAUAGCAAACUAGAUCAAAAGGCUGCAGAACGUUCUAUUGAUUUCAUGUAUGGGUGGUUUAUGGAUCCACUAACAAAAGGAGAUUAUCCAAAAAGCAUGCGAUCCUUGGUAAGAACACGGUUACCAAGAUUUACUAAAGCAGAAAGCAUGCUUCUCAGAGGUUCAUUUGAUUUUAUUGGCUUAAACUACUACUCCGCUAUCUAUGCCUCCGAUGCAACUCAAAUAACCAAUGCAAAACCUAGCUACUUAACAGAUUCUUUUGCUGGUAUUUCAUUCGAGCGUGAUGGAAAACCCAUUGGUCUAAAUGUUGCUUCAGAGUGGUUGUAUGUUUAUCCAAAAGGAUUUCGUGACCUUUUGUUAUACACAAAAGAAAAGUACAACAAUCCUUUAAUUUAUAUUACUGAAAAUGGUAUAAAUGAGUAUGAUGAUCCAUCACUUUCUCUUGAAGAAUCUCUUCUGGAUACUUAUAGAAUUGAUUAUCAUUAUCGUCAUCUCUUUUAUCUUCAAUCUGCAAUCCAGGAUGGAGCGAAUGUGAAGGGAUAUUUUGUGUGGUCUUUGUUAGAUAAUUUUGAAUGGCAUUCAGGCUAUACAGUGCGGUUCGGAAUGAAUUUUAUUGAUUACAAAAAUGGCUUGAAAAGAUACCCAAAGCUCUCUGCAGUAUGGUUCAAGGAUUUUCUCAAAAGCAGAAAGCAGACUUUAUACGUAGAUUCCAUUUAA